GUUCCACUUCUAGGUACAUACCCAAAAGAAAUGGAAACAUGUUCACACAAAAAACUUGUACACAAUGUUCAUAGCAGCGUUAUCCAUAAGAGCCUCAAACUGGAAACAACCCAAGUAUUCAUCAACUAAUGAAUGGGUAAACAAAAUGUGGUAUACCCAUACACUAGAAUAUAGCAUACAUAAAACUUUAAAAUGUUAUGCUAAGUGAAAGAAGCCAGUCACAAAAGACCAACUAUUAUGACUGCAUUUAUGUGAAAUGUCCCCCGCCCCCAUAGGCAUAUCCCUGGAAGCAUGUAAUACUUUAAGCAAUAAAACAAAAUUAAAAAAAUAAUAAAUAAAAUGUUAAAAAAAAUAAAAAAGAAUGCAGAUUAGUGACUGCCUGGGGCUAGGGCGGAAGGACAGGGAGGGGGCACUAAAAAAGGGAGGCAACUGUUAAUGCGUGUGGGUUUCCUUGGAAGUGUUGCUAAAGUCCUACAAUUGGCUCCGCUCUGAGGGGGCGUGGCUAGGCCCUAGGGGGCGUGGCUGGAUUCUGGGGCGGGACUAGCCAGUUUAAAGCCUGGCUGAGGCACAGAAGCCGAAGCUUUUUGGCUGUUAUGCCUCGAGGAAUGGAGGAGUGCGCCAGUCUCUGCGGCGCGGGCUCUUCGCGGGGAUGUCGGUGUCGGUGUCGUCAGCAGUGCCAGGGCCCAGCUGAGACGGCAGUGGCCUACGGCAGGCCGGCCCCGGCCCCGGCAGAAAAGCACGUGGAGGCGGUCGAGGCAGCGAGGUGCUGUGUGGAGAGUGGAGAAAUUGCGAGCCCCAUGCCGCCCCCGCACUGCUCGCUGCGGGACCUGCCUGUGGAGAUGCUGCUGGAGAUCUUCGCCUGGCUCCCCGGCACCGACCUGCCCAGCCUGGCCCUGGCCUGCACCAAAUUCCACCACAUCCUGCACAUCGACAGCAUCUGGAGACGGCGCUGCCGGGAGGAAUAUGGCUUUUCUGAAAACUCUCAGAACCUGGAGAGGAUAGGUAUGUCUUAUCGAGAAGUCUAUGCGAAGCUGCUCCACCCAUACAGACACAUUUUGGGAUUGUGGCAGCUAGAUACUGAGGACUAUAGAACACUGCUGAAUGUCGUGGUGGACGGCUUAUGCAUUACUGGUUGGACAUACGGGCCUUCCCUGAACACCCAUGUGGAUGGCCCGCUGCAAUUCGAGCCCUCGUUCAGAAUUCGCCUGACGGAGAGGAAAUCAGUCGUGGUGGAAUGCAUGGAAGGCCGCAUCAGCAGGCCCCACAGCCGCCACGUGCAGAUUCAGAAGGACAGGCUCACCCUCCAGUGCGACAAGACAGACCACCGGAAGGAUUUGACAGCGAGACUUCGGCAAGAACGGGCGCUGGUGCUGACGCUGACGCUGGAGGACAGAUACCAGUAUGACUGCCUGGCCUACCGCCGCCUCUACCUCCCGCCGAGCCACCCGGAGGACCUCAUCAGGCCAGGCCUCUUCCAAGGCAACUACGAUGCCUUCGGCCUAAAGAUUGCCAUGCUCAGCUUCCAUGGGAAGUAUGCCAGGGUCACGAAGAUCACGGGAGACACCAUCAGGAUGUUAGAGAUCCACCUCAUGCGCCGCAUCCAGCUGCCCGAUGGCGAGUUCUUCCGCAACUUCAACGAGCUCUCCCGCGUGGUCCAGGAGAUUGACGAGCAGGUGAUCCGGGAGCAGCAGCAGCAAGAAAACGGGACUGAGGAAAGCGAGGGCCAUGGCUGGCAGAGCCCUGCCCAGCCCAGCGUCGGGGAGUCCGGGGCUGCAGCUUUGGAGGAGCAGCCUGUCCCGUUUGUUCUGCCUGUGGGCAUGCGCACAAGAGACCAGAACUACCCCCGAACCUGCAGGAUGUGUUUCUAUGGCGUGGACACUGUUACCUUACCUGGCUUAGCCUACUGGGAGCGGUUCCCUGGAGUCUUCAUCCUGUUCGAUGAGAACCACUUUGGGUUCAUCUGGCUGAAGGUGAAAUACUUCGUCCUGUACGGCAGAGUCCGGAACACCUUCCAGAAUGUGGAGGCACCAUCCCCGCAGGCCUUCCUGGAGAUGCUCUAGAACAUUCAUUCCAGACCCCCUGGGAGGAGCAGCUUGUAG